AUGUCUGCCGCUCCCGAGACCACUCCUGCCGCCGUCGCUCCCGUUGAGGAGGUUGCUGCUCCCGCUGUCGAGGAGACCCCUGUUGCUGCUCCUGUUGAGGCUGCCCCUCCCGCUGCCGUAGAGGAGGCUGCUCUCGCUGCCACUGCCACUGAGGAGGCCGCUGCUGCCCCCGCUGCCGAGGCUGUCACUGAGCCUCAGACCAACGAGGCUGCCGCUGCUACCACCACUGCAGAGACCGCCGCCAAGGAGGCCUCCCCCAAGAAGGAGAAGCGCCAGUCGUUCCUCGGCAAGAUCCUCGGUGCCAUCAAGGAAAAAACUGCCAAAAAGGAGAAGGCCGUCGCCGCCAAGGAGGAGCCCGUUGCUCAGGAAGCCACCGCUGCCGUUCCCGCUACUGAGGAGGCUGUUGCCGCCCCUGCUACCACUGAAGAGACGCCCGCCGCCGCUGAGGAGGUCGCUGCUCCCGCCACUACCGAGGAGGCUGCCGCUGCCCCCGCUACUGAGGAGGCCAAGGACGUCAAGAUCGACGAGGCUGCCAAGGCUGACGCUCCCGCUCCCGAUGUCGCUGCCCAAAAGAUCAAGCUCGGGCGUCGUCUCAGCGGCAAGUUUGGUGCCCUCUUCCACAAGGCCACCAAGAAGUCGGAAGACAAGCCCGCCGAGCAGGAGGAGGAGGAGGAGAAGGUUGCCGAGAAGUCUGCCGAGGAGCCCGCUGCUCCUGAAGAGGUCAGCCCCGUCGAGGAGAAGGUCGCUGAGGACGUUGCCGCCCCUGCCCCUGCCCCUGCUGCUGCUGCCCCCGUCAUUGUCAACAAGGCUCCCGAGGCUGCUGCCCCCGUCGCUGCCGCUGCCUAA